AUGCGAUACUGCGGCUCUGAGCGGGCUAAGAUUGGAGGGAAUAUCGUUGACGUCAACAAGCAGAACAUAAUUGUUGUGCUGAUUUCCACAUCAACGCUCGCCUGGGGUGUGAACUUCCCUGCGCAUCUUGUCAUCAUCAAGGGAACGGAGUACUACGAUGGCCAGCUCAAGCGUUAUGUCGACUUCCCGAUUACCGACGUGCUGCAGAUGAUGGGUCGUGCCGGACGUCCCCAGUUCGACACUGAAGCCCGUGCCGUCGUCAUGGUCCAUGAGCCCAAGAAGAACUUCUACCGCCGCUUCAUCUACGAGCCUUUUCCGGUUGAGUCCUCACUGCAUGAGCAGCUGACGGACCACUUGAAUGCGGAGAUCGUGGCGAAGACGAUCAGGACACGCGAGGAAGCCAUCGACUACGUCACCUGGACGUAUUUCUUCCGGCGUUUGACCGCCAACCCGGCAUACUACGACCAGCAGGCUGCCUUGCUGGAAACCCCCGACUUCGAGAAGCAAAAGGACAUGCUGGCAAACUACAUCGAGCGAUUGAUGAACAAGUGCUUGGACGAGCUGAUUCGAUCAGGCUGUAUCGAGCUUCGGGAGGCCCAGGUCGCACCAGGAGGGGUCGCUUCGGCGGCCGUUGAGCCCACGAAGCUCGGGCGCAUCGCCUCCUUGUACUACCUCAGCCAUCGCACCGUGGCGCAGUUCCAGCGUACUUUAGCCCGAGAAGGGCUCGGAUUUGUGGAGAUCAUGCGGGUGCUCUGCGAAUGCCCUGAGUACGACGAACUGCCUGUUCGACACAACGAGGAUAAGCUGAACGCAGAGUUCGCAGAGCACUGCCCAUUGGAGGUGGACCUCGCGAUCCAAGCCUACGACUCGCCGCACACGAAAGCUUUCCUGCUGCUGCAGGCCCACAUGUGGGGAAUUGCUCUUCCAAUCAACGACUACAAGACAGACCUGAAGAGCGUGCUGGACCGCUCCAUCCCCCUUAUCCAAGCAAUGGUGGACAUAGCCGCAGAGGAGGCACAGCUUCGUUCAACGCUGAACUUGAUCCUCCUACUUCAAUGCCUCCACCAGGCUCACCAGCCAUGGCGUACGUCUCUGGCAACACUGCCACACCUGUCAGAGAAGUCGCUGAAGGUGCUGCGGGACUACUCUGUGGAUUCUCUCCCGGCCACUGGUUUGCAAUAG